CACAGUAGAUUAGGCCUGGAAAACAAAUUCUUGGAAAACAAAUCAGGCCGAAUUUUGUGCGUUCGACAAGUUUGCUUUACAAAAUCUUGCUAACAAAUCUGGGGGCGUGUAAACCAACCUUUUAUUCUUUUUAUACAUCACAUCUGAGGUGAAACAGUACUAUGAGGCGCUGCUUUUAUCAUACAGCCCUCGGGCACAAUGCAGUAUUUCACAAUUCUGAAAUACAAAUUGCACUCAUUCAAUAUUCAGGACAAUCGAAACACGCAUGGGCUUUUAGCAAAAUCGCCAAAAGAAUUUCCAAAAUCACCUAUACGGCCAGCCGGUUGUGAGCUGUGGAGUCUUUGAAUGAACAUUAAUAGGGUUAUGCUUCAACAUAAUAAAAAAUUUAUCAUGUUUCUUUUUUAUUUGGUGGUUUUAUAACAAUGUGUAAUCUUCAAAAGUGUUUGAUACGCUCGGCAUUUUGAGUACAUUAGGUACAGCGAGUAGUUGGCGAUACUGUAACGGAAAGGAUAACCCGGCCAAUAUUCACUCAAGAGGAUUGAAUCCUGUAAAACUCUCCGGGUGCCCUGUGGUUGCAGGGCCCCAAGUGGUUAACUAAUUUUAAGGAAACCAGUGCGAGCGUUUUCGACAGCACACAUAUACCUGAAGAAUGUUCUACAGAAAUCAGAGCUGAGGAAAGGGCAAAGUGCCAAAGAGAAACAUCAUCCGUAAAGCUUGCAGCAGUUGAAUCCUGCGUUAUAGCACAGAUAAUGAGAGCAGAAGACUAUAGCAACCUGCAGAGACUUAUAAGAGUUACUGUCCUUGUUCUAACGUUUCUAACAAUCAUGAAGUUAUUACUGAAAAAGAACACCUUUUCACCAGACGAGUCGACGGACCAAGAUAUUGCAGUAGCAGAAACUCUUUGGAUUACAGAAGUCUUUAAGCGAGAAUCC